GAAGCCAUGGGCAGUGGCGCCGGCAAGCACAAGUAUGAGGUGAAGGACCCAAGUGGCGCCAAGACUGUGCAUGUGGAGCCCAAAGAUGAGACUGCUCCGAAGUUUAUGCGAUCCCUGUCGCCCCUACCAGAGGAGCCCAUGCUCCUCUGUGCGGAUGUGGGUGGCACCAAUACGCGGUUGCACCUCUUCAAAGUGCCGGACACCACAACGGCGGUUGUCCCGGACUCCUGCAUGGUGUACCAGGCCAAGUAUUCCAAUGUGCAGUAUGACUCCUUCACAGAGGUGGCAAUGGAAUUCCUAGAUGCAGCCAAGCGGAAUACCAAAGGCCUUGGUAUGUCAGCUCCCUACCUGGGAUGUUUUGCAGUCGCGGGCGUGGUGGUAGACAACAAGUGCAACUUGGUGAACCUCGGUUGGAAGAUGGACGGCAAUCAGAUUGCGAAGGAUCUGGGGAUGAGGGUGGUGUACCUCAUGAAUGAUUUCGAGGCUCAAGGUUAUGGCAUUUUGACCUUGGAGCCUCAGAAGGAUUGCGACGUGCUCCAGGAUGCUCCUUUGCUUCCGGGCGCACCUAUUGCGCUACUGGGCGCGGGUACUGGUCUGGGACAAGCCUUUAUGACAACUGGAGAGAAUGGAGACUAUGAGGUCUGGCCGUCUGAAGGUGGUCAUAAGGAGUUUGCUCCUCGACAAGAAGGAAGUCAAAACCUGCAGAGUGAAAUGAUGAAGUACUUGCAAAUCCGCUUCAGCGCAAAGUCGCGAAUCAGCGUGGAACGCAUCGUGAGCGGAAGAGGUAUUGCGAACAUCUAUCAGUUUAUGGCCUGGAAAUUCCCAGACAAGAUCAAUAAGGAGAUCCAUCAACUCUUCAGCAACGGCGCGCGCAAGGACGGCACCGUGGGGCCGGUGCACGACCCCGCCGUGAUCGUUGAGGCCGCCAGGAGCGGUAGCUGCGAGCUGUGUUUGAAGACGAUGGACCUGUUCACUGGGGCAUAUGGAUCAGAGGCGGGGGUGAUGGCGCUGAAGUUUAUGCCCUUUGGUGGGCUCUUCGUCACUGGCGGCGUUUCCGCAAAGACUCGUGACUUCAUUCUGGGUGAGAAGGGCACAGCGCAUAAUUUCAUGGAUUCCUUCAAUGACAAGGGACGUGUGUCAACGAUGCUGAAAAGAGUACCUGUCUUUUUGGUGAGGGGCGAGGAUAUGGGCGAACGCGGCGUCAAGCUGAAGGCCAUGAGGAUGUUUGCUGAAGCUCUGCAGAGAAGGAUGGCAUCCAAGGGUAGACAACAAUAUUGUUAGAUAACCAGCUUGAGGCUGAUAGGCUGGUGGUUUCCCAGCCAAACACCUGGAGAUUUGAUGAUCCUGGUGGCUCUUUUUUC